CGAAGUCCGUACUUAAGUUACGGAGCGAGUUUUUCCACCCUCGACUCAUUUCCCCUUCGCGGGCCAUAAGUCGAAAGGGCAAAACAAAGAUCCGUAACUUACUUUACGAGCCGAGAAGACGAAAUUAGUAAUAUAAACAACUGCGUGUCUGACAAGGUGCGAGAAACGAUUCUAGUCACGCGGAAUGGCUUUAAAUUGACUUACGCACGUCGAGAGCAAAACAAACCUAUUCGAAAUCAUCCUCAAGUAGAAGACUGGACGAUUCGGUCACGUUUACAGAAAAUGAGUGCAAAAUACAAAUUUAAACACAGUGGUUAUAUAGGAAUCCUAGAGAGGGGUGCUCUGUACCAACUUUUGAGAUAUAAGGUAACUAGAAUGAAUUUCUUAUGUUUGAGGCCUGGACAGUUCAUUAAGGAACGAACUAACAGAAACAGAUCAAAAGCUAAUUUCUCCUCACACUAUCAAAACAUUGUGAGGUGGACAGGUGUUGAGAAGAAAGAAAAACUAGGCAGUGUGGCCAAUAGUUACCUUGUUGAACUAGCAAAUUCUUAGAACUGACAGUGAAAGAAACUUCUAGUAAUAACUUGAGAGAAUUAAUUAUUGCAAGUAGAAGAGCGGUAAAAAUAGGUAUCACUUCGCUCUUCUAUUUGCUUGUUUUUCGAUAUUUUGCACUGAACGAUGGCGGUUUCUAGUGUGAUGUACGUGACGGAUAGAUGUUAGCAGAUAUUUCUAGGACAUGUUGCCGGAAAAUGUAAAAUGUCCACAGGAGUGCUCACCCUUGAACUUUAUACCUUUUUGGUGUUUGCGGUCUUCUCUAGCUUUGUUUUCAUUCUUUGUAACUUAGCUAGGUGUGCCAGUUUCGCCGUUUCAUCUGCGAGUAGCUGCCGACAACAGCCUGCAGCUCGUGCCUUCAAAGAAUUGCCAAUUGACGCGCUGAAGACGAAAUAUGAAAAAAAGCGGAUAACCAAAGAAACAAUAUCUAUCUGUUUACUUCAUCGCUUACAGAGAGCUACGGGGCAUAAAGGUCGUGUUUAGUCAUCUUGAAAGUUUAUCCACUGGAGACUCGGAGAAAAGAAGACAACUGACCUUCGACAAGAGUGCAGAUUUGUACGGCAUCAAAUGAGGUUCAAAAUGACAGAAUGCGGCACGAGUGUUUUGCGGUUGUUGUUGCUGGCGUUCGUUCUACAUUUGCUAUUACGAGUGGAGAUGGUGACUGGUAACAGCGCAAUUCUAAAGGCCAUAAAAGCCGCUGAAGCUAUAGAGGAAAAGCACAGUUCAAACUGCGCUUCGACCCGUCGUGUUAAACGCCACGAUCACGCUCGCUUUCCACAAUCACCACCAAUUGGAUCUCAGUUUGGAAAGGCUUUGCGUUUCUUCGGUGGCGAAGUGGUCCGAUUUGCUGGAGCUGUCACCAUACCAUCACACCAGUUCACCAUAGACUUUUGGAUGAAGCCCGAAGGUGGCCAGGCAUCUCCUGUCACUGUGAUCGGUCUUUUUGACGACUGCUCGCCGGACUCAAAAGAAGGAGGCUGGGAAAUAGGACUUCAAGAAGCGAGCGCCGAGCGAAGCUUGAGAGUUUUCUUUCGACUACAAACGCAGCGAUCACAUCACGACACGAAACUGUCUUCUCCGCGCAGCGUGGAACCAAAUGUAUGGGUUCAUGUUGCUGCUACGUUCAGUGGCAAGGAAAUGAAAUUAUACAUCAAUCAAGCCAAAGUGGGGGUUUCUUCCGAGCAAAAAGGGCACAUUUUCGCGGAUGGCUUCGACGUGUGUGAGCAUUUGGAAGCGGGGGGAGAUCGCUCGUCUGGAGUGUUUUAUCGCGGCCUGAUCGACGAGGUGCGAUUGUGGUCAGUUGCGAAAUCACAUAAAGAAAUCAGCACGAAUGUUUUCGACCCCAUCACGGGUGUUGAGCCAUACUUUGAUGACCACCUUGAAAUGUACGAAAGUUUCGCGGGAUCCGAAGAACUCAAUCGCAAUCCGAAAACCACAUGGGUUGUAGUCACUGCAAAUGAAGAAAAGAAACCGGAAAUCACUAAGUCAACAAUUCCAGGCGAUGCCCACGAUCUUUCAAUCGUGAAGCCCCCCUGUGGCAGUACAGUUUGCGAUAAUCCAGAGAUCAUUCGAAGUUAUGUGAAAAAUACGCACUUGCGAGGCAGAAAGGUCGUGCACUAUCGUGUUGUCAACAUACGAGAUGACGACGGCACUAACCCCAUGGUGACCAAGAAACAAAUGAAAACCCAACACGAUCAGCUCAACGAAGCCUUCAAACAUUACAACAUCACAUUUGAGCUGAAAGAACUGAACAUACGAAACACUUCCUUGAGGCGACGCACUGUCACCUACAUGUGCGAGGCAGGAAAAGUCGGUGACGGAAUGUGCAAUGACGAACAUUGCAGGCACGACAUUACAGGAAAUGAUGGAGGCGACUGCGAUGAAUACCAAACAACAUGUGAGCCGAAAAAGCGCGGGAACGGAGUGUGCGACCCAGAAUGCAACAGGCAUUACAAUGCGUGGGAUCUUGGCGACUGUUGCAACAAGAGCGUCACAGACGUAUAUAAGACCUGUUUUGAUCCUAAAUCUCCAAACAGAGCGUACAUGAGCGAGAGAGAAUACAAGACUCUGGUGAAUUUGACCAAUCAAGAUUUCUUGAACGUUUAUUUAGCUCAAUGGAGUAAUAAUAACCUACUGGGCGUGGCAACGUUUCCCUGGGAGAAAACCGUACACAGUAUUUACGGUGGGACCAUCUUGGGUUUGAAAAAUUUUGGACGAAAACUACACUCGAACGCACUUGUGCACGAAUUUGGACAUGUGCUGGGCUUGUGGCACGUGCAUCACGGUGUGACGGAAAAGGAUUGCUCAGACGACUGUUUCGAAACUUUCCCGUCCCUUGAGUUAGGUGACCUGUGCUCUGACACAAAUCCGACUCCAGCUAACAGCAUGUGUAGGGAUCCUACCGUCAAUAACGCUAUCAUGACCUGCGGAGUUAAGAAAUUUGUGAACACGCCUUUCAGAAACUACAUGAGCUACGCUAACGACUCUUGUACAGACACUUUCACAGAGCAACAAGCGGCAAGAAUGCACUGCUAUAUUGAUCUGAUGUACCAGUCAUGGCAGGGAACAAAAACACCGCCUUCCUUCAUUCCGCUCCCACCUCGCGUGACUUCUAAAGCGGAGAAUAGCGUCAAACUGGCCUGGAUUCCACCUUUGGGCACCGGAGGAGGAAACGCGAUCAAUGGCUGCCACGAGUGCCGCGAAGACAGAGUGUUUCAGCAGUACGCAAUUACAGCGGAAUCUCCCAAUCCAGUCAAGCCCAACGGCUAUUGGGCUCCUCACCAGGCCAUCGGAGCCCCAGACGCGGAGCCUUGUAACAUGACACCCAAAGGCUGGGCCCCGUUCACGCCUCACAAGAUGGACCACGGGGAUUGCUACAUCGAGUUUGGUUUCCAGGUGGCUGUUAUUCCAACUAGUCUGACCUUGUGGGUGAUAUGGGCCUCCAAGGAUGGAAUUAGCAACAUCCAGCUCAUCUUCACCGAUGGGUCAGAGCAGUCGCUAGGCAACGCUACAGCUCAGUGCGACGCCCCCCUGACGAUGACAUUGAGAGUCAGAAAGAGGGUCUCCAAGGUUCGAGUUCGCGUCAAGGACCCUUCAACUGUGAUUGAUGCUAUCCAGCUAACAUCAUCUGUCAACCAUCCUAACUGCCUCAAGUGUGAACCUGUGGAAUACCUCGUGACUCGUGAGCCGUCCUUUCCAACUGGAAAGUCAGAGCGUGUAAAGACGACCCGAUUUGAAGACAGGUACUUGGAGCCUGGCAAACCAUACACCUACACAGUCCAAGCUAUAACAAGCCUGGGAGUGAAGGGUCCUCCAUCACCACCGCUCCACUACUCACCCGAACAAGGUUUCUGUGGCGACGGUAUAGUGGAGUACAGCAUCGGAGAAGAGUGCGACGAUGGUAAUGUACGAGAUAGUGACGGCUGUAACAUGCAGUGCAAGAAAGAGGACGUUUUUCAUUGUACAGGUCACCCAAGUUUGUGCUACCGCCACGAAGGAGACGGAAAAUGCGAGGAGUUUGAGAAAAAAACCAACAUCAAAGACUGCGGAUUCUAUACACCCGAAGGUUUUGAAGAUCAGUGGGCUGUGAACGUGACCGUAAACUCGAACUUCCGUGACAAAAAGUGCCCUGAAAGCGUGGUCCUGGGACCGCCACCACUUGACCUGGUUUGCCAAUCCUCUUUUGACGAGGCCCACGCGUGGAGUCCCUGCAAGCACAAGUAUACGGACAACAAUUACUGGCUAGAGGUCACGUUCAAUCGUUCUGUCUUGCCUGCAGCAGUUGUUCUUUAUAUCGGCUCCGAUGGCAAAACAAGUAUCAGUCCUUUCGUCAAGACUGUCAAAGUUGAGCUUAUUGACAAAACCGGCCGCAUCAUCCCCGCGGGCAACAAGGAAACGAAGCUUUCAUGUAAGACUAACCCAAGUGUCAUCCCUGUCCUGCACGACAUGACAGAGCCAUUCUUCUACGUCCGUAAAGUGCGCGUCAGCUUUAAGUCUUACCUUAUCAGCGUAGCAGCCGUGGCUCUCCGAUCCAGGGCGCGCUUUGAUGUUGUGGAAAUGUCCAAGUGUAAACCGGACGAAGUGUUCAGUCCCCGAACCCAGCACUGCCAUAAAUACACGUGUGAGAGGCCAUCUUGUCAGGAGCCCUUGAUCAAACAUGGUACGGUCAAAUGCGAGGGUACUGAGGAAGGACAGACUUGUAUGGUGACUUGCAGGCCGGGAUAUCGACCACUGAAACCCUUCAAGAUGAUUUGUUUCAACAAGGAUUGGGAAGGGAUCAACACAUCCUGUGUGCCAGUCAGUUGCGGCGUCCCAAGAAUUCCUCAUGGAAAAGCCGAUUGUCCACAGGGUCUCACGUUCGGCAAGAAGUGCUCUCUGAGGUGUGCACCUGGAGCCAAAAUGAGCGGGGGCGAAGGCAGUGUCACGUGCGAAGAGGAUGGAAAAUGGUCUGCACAGAGCGCCUUCUGCGUUAUGACCUGUCCGAACCCUGAGAUACCAGACCACAGCGUACCACUUGCUGAGAGCAACUGCAUCGACAGCAAGAGGACAUUCUCACCAGGCGUGUCCUGUAAAUUCCGGUGCAAGCCUGGCUACAGAGUGAAAGAUAGAGACGACCCUGUUCGUAGGAUCUUGAAAAAACGUUGUACCAAGAGUGGUCGGUGGACUCAACCUAGAUGUGAACCAAUAAUUUGCCAGGAGCUGACGCCGAACCUUCUCAUGUGGUACAACUGCUCCGAUGGCAAUUCCCUCGGUAGUGUUUGUACGAAUAAUUGUCCAGGAGAGGAGAUUCACCAAGUCAAGUGCGAAGAAGAUGGGCAAUGGACUGAACCGUUGAAGCGUUGCACUUCUGAUAAAGCUGGUCGCUGCUCCAGGCCUGAAGCCUCACGUGGUGUCAUUUUAUUCUGCGAGGAUUACUUUCCUGGUGGAAUAUGCAAAGCUCAAUGCAAAAGCCCCGGAUAUGAUGUUGUUGAACUUGGAAACGAGGACAAGUGGCGCGUGAUCAUCACGUGCACUCAGACUCAGAAACUUGAAUGGCAUCCAGACCCCGCCAAAUUGCAAUGUAUACCCGGUUGCAGGAAAGCUGAAAUCGAUGAUGGACUGUGUGAUUCCAUUAACAACAACAAACACUGCCGGUGGGACGGCGGAGACUGCUGUCCCUCUACCACCAAGAACAGGAUCGUCCGUACAUGGCCAAAUGAUUGUAAAUCGGAGUGCGCGUGUAAAGACCCCGACGCGAAAGAAAACGAAGGCUCACGAACUGGAGGAGCCAGCGGGGUGGAUGAUGAAGACGAUGAAGACGAUGGCGAAAAGUCUGAAGGAAGCGGCUCAGACGAAACGAUGAAAAUAACAGAUUCAUAAAAAAAGAUACUAAAAUCAAGAGAUCAGGCUUUUAAGACAAAAAUGAAGACUACAGAAGGCGGUUGGUAAAUGAGGGACUUUAUAGUUUGAUAGUGCAAUGGCACUUUUUUCUGGAAAAAGGAAUGCAAAAGCAAGGAGACACGAAAGGUUUAGUCUGGGUAAGGCUUUAGGGAUUCUGUGAAACUUAAGCAUUGCUAUAGGAUUCCUAGUUUUCGUGAUUUACUUCAAGGUGAUCGUUUUGUUUACUUGAAACAUAUACAUAUUUGUGGGUGUUUGGGGAUGGGGUUAGGAAAUUAGUAGAGUGACGCAGACACUCGUGGAAGAAUCAAAUUUUAAAACGCGGGCGUUUAAAUACAUUCGUUUAAAAUGACAUAGCGGUUUCUUGUGACUGUCGUAAAGCCAUAGCAAAAGCCCAACGUAAGUAAAGCAAAGAGCAAAAGAUCCUCUCUAUCAAAGCGAGGCCUGGCGUACAGCCACUCAUGUGAAAAUGAGUUUAAUUUGCAUGUGAAUGAAAUCUCAUUUUCAUAGUACUAUAAAAGGAUGGGCACCAAGACUCGCUUUGAGAAAGAGGCUAAAGGUAAUUCGGAAAUGGCCUAUUCGGGAUCGACUAUGUGUUUCGGUUCCGUUCAGUCGUGACCAUGGGUUGAAAAAAAGAGAUUUUUGGUUAGGAAUUCGAACUGUGCGACACGCGUUUUUUUUCUUGCCUAUUACGCUCGACAGUCAUUUUGAAAUCGCUCUCUUUGAUAUAUAGAGCAGUUUUCAAUUAAGUAUCGUAAAACCAAAACCAAACCAAUUACUUACCAAUUAGACUACUCAGCCAAUCUCAAACCGUAGUAAGACUAGUAAAACCAAAACCAAAGUAACUGCAUGAUUACUUUCGUCACUUAACUGAAAACCGCUCAAACAACAAGUGUUAUUGGUUUUUAUUAUAUUCGUCAGUCGAUUAAUUAAUGCGCUAAUUUCAUAACACAUCGACAACAACGGGUUUACAAAAACUCUAGUGCUUGAAGGAUCUCGUAGACGUUCUCGUCCAGUUUGCAGCGGUGCUGGAUCGACUAAGUUAACUUUGCGUAAAUGGUGCCUAAAUUGGAAUAACAAUACUUUAUGCAUCCUAAGUCUCGUAUUAAUGUUUCCAGACAAAGGAUUUUUCACAUGAACGUGAGAUUUAGGCGCAUUGGUAUUGUUGUUCAAAUAUCGGGGCCAUUUAUGUGAAGUGUCCAUUAACGAAAAAAACUUUGAAGAAAUACUAGGUUGCUUCCCUCCCACUCCGCCCCUUUGAACGUCUUAAAGAGGGGGGUGGGGUGGGAUGAUGUCGUGUUCCUUUCUUCUGACGACUUUUGGGUUAUAGUAGGAGUUGGAUCGAUACACUUCCUAUAUUUGGUUAAAGAUUGAAUCUGCUUUCGUCUCUUAUUGGCGUCGUUAGGCGUUUUUUCUGCAGCGCUGCAGAGAGGGGAAAUUAUAGUUAUUUCUUUUUGAUAAUCUCCCUAUUAUUCAGGAAAUAUGGGAUGUGAUAAUGUAGAUGAGGCGUCCUAGAGUUCUGUUUUUUUUUUAUGCGUUUUUCUUACCAGUAAGUUUUGAUCGAUACAUUAUCGGUACAGAUUUUUUAAGUCUUCUUAUCUGAGGGGAGGGAGUUAUCACGUAGUGCGUAUAUAUAAUUGGUAUCCAUCUUCAUCCAAGCUUAUCCAACUGAACUACUGCAAGCCAUGCAUCAUUCUGCCUCUGGGUUGUGUAUAUUGUAAAACAAAUGAAGUCAUUUUUGACCCGUCACUUUAGCCAACUGAACUUGUCACGCUGAUAUCUACCUACCUGAGCCCUUUAAUUUUUAUCCUGACCUAUGCAAACUACGACAACCCAUGCACCUGUGCGUAAACAUUGUAGUUAAUUUUGAACACGGCUUACCUAUCAGGUUUACUCGAUACUUGCAGUAUCACGAUAAGUGUAUUUUAAUAGCUUAGUUUCAAGUAGAUUAUGCAUCAGAGGAAGACAACACUAGAGGAUCAAAUAUUUGAAAACUGUAAUAUUUGACAUUUCCUUUUAUCUUAACAGUAAGCGUUUCACCCAUUGAAUGUCGUGAUAAAUUAAAAUAAACUAUUUAUUCAACUUCA